UUGGCUCAAGCUGGAGACACCCCUGCUCAGCUCCGGGUCUUAGGUCCCACCAGUCUACAAACUUCCAAUCCAUGGCGUUCGUCUUCGUGGCAACGGCGUUUUGCUCCAUUUUCCUCUCCACGGAGGCGACCACUUCUUUUCGCGGCAACCUGCGACAGGCCAACACCAGCACCCAGGACCUGAAAGCAGAGGUGCUCGAGGCCAUCCUCGCCAUGGGGGGCCGCCUCUCAGAGGGGCGGCUCGGGGACCUGGAGGGCGUCAUGCGGCCCACCUUCGACGCGAUGCCCAAGAACUCCGCGGGGAACUUGGAGCACGCCGCCGCCAGCUACGUGCUGCACCGCCUCUUUGUGCAACGCCACGGCAUGUACAUCAAGGGCCUGGAGCCGGCGGGCGCCGGGUUCCAAAGGAGCUCCGCCACGGAGGUUCUGCAAGAUCGCGUGCCCACCUUCGUCCAGUCCCUCUUUGAGGAGAGGUUGAAGGGCCAGGGCUUGAGCUUGCACGAGCUGGCGGUGCUGGCGGCCACCCUGGAGCAUCUGAUUUCAAAGGAGGCCAUCGCCCGGCUGAAACUCGCCUACGCCGCAGAAAACUUCUCUGAAGCUGAGCGCAUCAGCACUCAGGACGUGGAUGAGCUCUUGGAUACCUACAUGACCAUGAUUUUGGUGGGCACAUCAAACAAGCAGGAUCUUCUUGAAGACAAGGCCAAGCUCUUCUCGGGCUACCAAUUCUGGAACGAGACCCAGACCUUUGCGCGCCAGGUUCGCAGCAGUGUGGCCGGCUCUCGAGAAGCCGAGGAGCCGUUUGUCGAGGGCAUCUCCUUCGAGGGCAUGCGUCAAAUUGUGGAGGAGAUUGGGGAGCGCUAUGGGCGCUGGCAAGAUGCGGAAUGCCAAGACCUGAAACGCGCGCUCAUGAAGAAGGAGCAUCGUGGCACCGGCCGCGUGUUGCUGAAAGACUUCUACAGCGAGGGCCUGAAAGGGCAGUGGCAGUUCAGCGAAUCUGUGGAGUACCUCAGGGAGCUCGGGGCGCUCCAUGCUGGCGAAUCGGUCUUCAUCGCCAACUACGUGAACGCGCACUCCAACUGCCUCUCUUCCAGCGGGCUCUAUUCCAUUUGCUGCAUCAACGAGUGCGAGUCCUUGCUGGGCCACCUGGAGGCGAAGAUCGCCCAGCCGGAGGCGGAAGUGGAGACCCUCCUCGCCUUGGUCUCGGCGCUGCCCUCGGCCACGACGCCGGCGCCCGCCAUCGCCGGAGACCUGCGGCGGCGCCUGGAGGACAUCGCUCGUCUCCAUGGGGGUUUGGUGCCAAUUCAUGGGCGUCUCUUCGCCCAGUGGCUGCAUCACGUCUACCCGCGCGAGUGCCCCUUCCCCCACGCCGCCGGGCGCACCAACCCCAUGACGGCGGACGACUGGCUCUCGGAGAAGGGAUCCGUGGUGAGCGCCACCACGGAGGAGAUGCUGGAAAUCAGCAUGAAUGCCUCGGCCGCAGUCUUGGACCUCCCUCACUGGACUGAAGAAGAGGAGCUGCUGGUCAAGCCAAAGGCUCAAAUGUCCUUGCUGCCCAAGUUGGGCAUCGCCUUUGCUUUGGGCUGCCUUGCGCAGUUGGCCGCGAAGGCGUCCAAGAAGCAGGUCCUGCUGCCCAUGACUCAGAAGGAGCACUUUUGCUGAGCUGCGGAGGCA